CUAUAUCUUAUAUUCUUCUACCCCUCCCCCACCCCCCUAAGAAUUGCUACAAUCAUAUUGCACUUGUAAUCAUGGGGGAUUCUUCUAGUUCCUACAUACACAUGGUGCAGCACUUGAUAGAAAAAUGUUUGAUCUUCAACAUGACAAAAGAAGAGUGCAUGGAAGCACUUUCAAAGCAUGCAAAUAUUAAACCUGUCAUCACCUCUACUGUUUGGAAUGAACUUGAAAAGGAAAACAAGGAAUUCUUUGAAGCCUAUGCACAAUCUCAAAGCAAACAAGACCGAAUGUCCGAGGAAGAGACGAGUCGAAUGAUCCAGAAGAUGAUCUCGGAUUCCUCUAGUAAAGACCCGGACGAAUGAUAUCUGUCUGAUUUGAGAUUUAAAUAACGGUUACAGUAUAAAGUUACAUUCAUCAUUUCUCAAUUCCAACUUCUUUGUCAUUGCUAUUCAACAUAAUUGAUUUCAAUAACAUCUAUUAUACAUAA